AUGAGAAUUCAGAUGCUUUGCAAUGGUCUGAAUUAUGCAACUAGACAACUCAUCGAUGCUGCAGCAGGGGGGUCAUUGAGUAAUAAAACCCCUGAAGAUGCUGAAAUGUUGAUUGAAAACAUGGCGAGUAACGAAUGCCACUGGUCUACUAGACAGAAACCACCUAAGGCAGCUGGAAUUUAUGAGAUAGAUAACAACACUGCACUAGCCGCUAAGGUGGAGGCCCUAACAAAGAGAUUCGAUCAGUUUAUGUUGGGUUCAAGCUCAAAUUCUGGAGCAGUUUUGUCUUGCGAGACUUGUGGGGCGGGGCAUGCUACUGUUCAGUGUCCAAUCUCAAUAGCCUCUGUUGCCCCAGUCGAGACAGUUGAUUAUGUUGGGGGAGGCCCUCGAGGUCCAGGCAAUCCCUAUGGAAACACAUACAAUCAGGGGUGGAGGAAUCACCCAAAUUUUUCUUGGGGUCAACAACAGCAACCUCGGCCCCAGCAGCCUCAGGGACUUCCACAGCAAUUUCCUCAGCAGGCCGAGAAGAAGUUCUCCACCGAAGAUGUGAUAGCGAGAUUCAUGAUCAGUACUGAGGCAAAAUUUGUGAACAUCAACAAUCAAUUCGCUGAAGUGAACACAGUUUUGAGGAAUGUUCAGGCCUCCAUCCAAUCAUUGGAGAACCAAGUUGGGCAGCUUGCUAGGGCAAAUUCAGAGCGCCCACCGGGUAGCCUCCCUAGUAACACUGAAAAUAAUCCAAGGGAGCAUUUGAAGGCCGUCACCCUCAGAAGUGGGAAACAGGUUGAAGCACGAGCCAAGGAGGGCUCAAGUACUGAGCAUGAUGGGGUAGCCGUACGGGAAGACCCGAUGUCGUCUGAGAGUUUAGUUGAAAGGGGAAAAGAAAAACAAGAUGAAGAAACCCUUCAACUACCAACACCAAGGGUACCUGAGUACAAGCCGACCAUACCCUAUCCGGCCAGGUUAAAGCAAGAUAAAGAGGAAGCUCAAUUCAAGAAAUUCCUGAAUGUAUUCAAGCAGUUACACAUAAAUAUUCCUCUUGUUGAGGCGCUAACCCAAAUGCCCAAGUAUGCCAAAUUUAUGAAAGACCAGUCGAGUAACAAGAGAAAAAUUGGAGGAAUUAGAAAUCUGCAUUGCCACUGA